AUGCAGUCCUACACGAGCCGCAAGGGCAAUGUUGCUAGCACCGAUGCAUCGCGCAACAGAAUCCACGGCGUCUGCGGCGAUGACCAUGUCACUCUGGACCACCUCUCCGUCCCCGAGAGAAUACAUACGUCCCAAUAUCCGUGGUAUUCUCUGCACCUGCGGGGUUCUGCGGAGGGCUACACACAGGCAAGCAGCGAGCUCAAGUACUUGCGAUUCAUCACCGGUCGACAGGAUCUUCCAUCCUACUACAAGACGGAGGUCGAGAAUUCAGCGCAGCUUCCUGGACGCUUUCGCCAAGUCGAGGAUCGUGUUGGCUGGAGCCGCGGAAUGGCGCCCAAGGUAGACGAGGCGGUCCGCAAGGGCGAAGUCAGAUUCGACAACACUAAGACAAGAAGCAGUUCCUUGGUGAUGACUUCAAGACAUCCAGAGUUGUCGCAAGCACUACAACAUCCGCGCAUGCUGCUUUGUUUCAAGAAGGUUAGCGCCAUCAAACCCGUGCUUGUUUUGGUAUUUGAACUUACUUCCAUGUUCUUCCACAUGUCGCUGGAAGAAAUGUAG